GACAGACCUUUUCCCUUUAUCCUUUCACAGAUGGGAAUUUGAUGUUUGACCAAGUGCCCAUGGUAGAGAUUGAUGGGAUGAAGCUGGCACAGACCAGAGCCAUUCUCAACUACAUUGCCACCAAAUAUGACCUCUAUGGGAAGGACAUGAAGGAGAGAGCCCUGAUUGACAUGUAUACAGAAGGUAUUUUAGAUCUCACUGAAAUGAUUGGGCAAGUGGUAUUAUGUCCCCCAGACCAAAGAGAAGCCAAGACUGCCUUGGCAAAAGACAGAACCAAAAACCGUUACUUGCCUGCCUUUGAAAAGGUGUUGAAGAGCCAUGGACAAGACUACCUUGUAGGCAACAGGCUGACCAGGGUGGACAUCCACCUGCUGGAACUUCUCCUCUAUGUUGAAGAGCUUGAUGCCAGCCUUCUGACCCCUUUCCCUCUGCUGAAGGCCUUCAAGAGCAGAAUCAGCAGCCUCCCCAAUGUGAAGAAGUUCCUACAGCCUGGCAGCCAGAGAAAGCCUCCCUUGGAUGCAAAACAAAUUGAAGAAGCAAGGAAGAUUUUCAAGUUUUAGUGAGGCUGCAUUGAUGGAGCCACAGAAACUGGCCUCUAAUGGUUUGCAAUUAUAAAAUACAAUUGUUGAUUCUGGCUAUUGUGCAACAAUAAAAAAUGAAAAAAUGA